UCUGGAGUAAAAAAAUCACCCAGGCGAGUGGGAGGAAGCCAACUUGGAAACACGGCGGAGAGAAACUCCCUCUUGUUGGAGAGCGAGGUGGUCCAGCGGCUCUAAGAGCGGGCAACACAGACCGGGCUGUAAUGAACCACCGCAGCCUAAAUUCACAGCAGCCCUCCCCCUGCGAGCCACCUGGAAGUUUAAACUUCGCUUCAAACUUUCGGCGGGGCAUCUCAGUCUGAACUCGUUCACUCGUUUUGUGUGAGCAGCCUGAAACCCGAAGCGUCCGCCCCACAUGUUUCUGUUGUGCUCUCGCUAGUCUCCGGAACAACCAGGUGAGCAGGCCGUCUCGCUUUUCCCGGGAGGAGCCGCGCAGGCAGCGGUGUUGGUUUACCUGUAAGCACACGGUGACGCACGGAUCUCUUUGACGCUCACCCCCCUGCUCCUGUGUUUCGCGCUGCGGCUCUCCCGUAGCCGCCGGAGAACAGCAACCCGGGAAGCCGCCGAGCACCGGGACGGUCAUGGAUCAACGAGGAGGGAGCGAGACCCGGCGGGGGGAAGGCUGGAGAACCCCCGCUGCGACUACCAGGAGGAGAAUGCCGGUGGAUAUGAUGUAUGCUGUGGGCUUUAUCUGCCUCCAAGUUCUGUCCAUCCAGGCCGCUGCCAUUCAGUUCACCAAGGAGCCCAAAUCCCAGGAUGCCUUGCACGGCCGCAGCGCCAUGCUGCGCUGCGAGGUCAGCGAUCCGACCGACAUCAGAUACAGCUGGCUUCACAACGGCCAGCCCCUGGAGAACAGCGAGAGGCGCUUCCAGGAGGGCAGCAACCUCAAAUUCAGCGCCGUGGAUCGGCGGCUGGACGCAGGAAACUUCGAGUGCGUUGCGGAAAACACGGCCACAGGAGAAGCGCUCCACUCCAACAACGCCUCCUUCAAUAUCAAGUGGUUGGAGAGCGGAGGUGUGAUUUUGAAGGAACCCGUCUCUGACAGGGAGAUGGAGAACUCUUCGCUGGUCACGUUGCGCUGUGAUAUUGAUGGACAUCCCCGGCCGACAUGCCAGUGGUUCAAGGACGGCGUGAAGCUGACGGAGAAAACUCAUCAGAUCAACAAUAAAGAGAGGACGCUCACCUUCAAGAAUGCCAGUCCGGAUGAUAAUGGCCUGUACUACUGCUGCGCCAAAAAUGCAGCUGGGCACGUCUGCAGUAACACCAACUACACUCUUAACAUUAUAGAUAAGAGCUUCCCGCGGCCGGUGGUCACUCCUGAGGACCAGGUGGUAGUGAGGAACGGGGAGGCUGUGUUCCACUGCCAGUUCACUGCAGAGCCGGCGCCCACGUUGGAGUGGUACCACGAAAACGAGCUGCUGGCAAACAAGUCCAGAGUCUUCCUUCUAUCCAACGGGACGCUGCUGAUCACCCAGGUCAAGCCCAGGAACACGGGGACCUACAGAUGUGUCGGUCGCGGCCUCAGAGGAUCACAGGUUACGCUGGAGGCCUCCCUCCUCAUAGCUGAAAUAGAAGACAUGGUGCCCCGGGCGUCGAAGGUUUUCACAGUGAACAGCCUGCAGCAGGUAGAAUGCAACGCCCCACGUGGCAAACCUCCGCCAGUGGUGUGGUGGGAGAGAGAAGGUCAGCGGGUGCCCACAGAGGGCCGAGUACACCAAGAUGGGAAAUAUCUGGUCUUCAGUCCCACGGAGAAGGGAGAUUCGGGCACCUACACCUGCGUGGCCGAGAAUAAGGCUGGACGCAGGAUACAGGAGGUCACCUUCACUGUGGCCACUCCCCCAGUGUGGGUGGACAUGCCUAAGGACAGCCAUUUAGAAGAAGGUAAACCCGGUUACCUCCACUGUCACGCUCAAGCCAACCUCCAACCUGAGGUCACCUGGUUCCGCAGCAGCAACAUCAUUCAGCCCGAGGACAUCCGGUUUAAGAUAUUCCCUAACGGGACGCUCAGGAUCAACAAUGUGGAGGUCUAUGAUGCACAUGUGUACAGCUGUCAAACCAAAACUCUGGGUGGACAGCUGACGGGAUAUGCUAAGGUCGCUGUGCUCGAGAAACUAAAGUUCACCCCAACCCCGCAGCCUUCCCAGUGCUUGGAAUUGGACAAAGAGAUCCCCAUCCAGUGCUCUGCUAAAGGAAGAGAGCCCCCCACCAUCCGCUGGUCCAAAACAGAUGGAGGAGAGCUGCCGCCUCACGUCAAGCAGAAAAACGGCCAGCUCCGUUUCACCAAAGUCACUCGAAGCGACGCUGGCAACUACACCUGCAUCGCCUCCAACAGCCUCCAGGGGGAGAUCCGGGCCUUUGUGACCCUCACCGUAGCCGUGCACGUUCGCUUCAAGGUGGAACCAGACAACACGACGGUGUACCAGGGUCACACUGCGAUCCUGCACUGUCAGGCCACGGGCGAUCCCAAGCCUCACAUCCACUGGGUGGGUAAAGACAAGCCGCUGGACAUCAGUAAUAACAGAAGGUUCCAAACGAUGCCCAAUGGCUCCCUAGUGAUCAGGGACGUGACUACGGAUGACACCGGCAAAUAUACCUGUGUGGCCGGAAACAGCUGCAGCAUCAAAGACCGCGUGGCUCAGCUGUAUGUAGUGGACAAACCGGUGCAUUUCCCGACUGAAGAGGAUGAAAAGGCUCCUUACAAGAUGAUCCAAACAAUCGGUCUGUCGGUGGGAGCGGCUGUGGCCUACAUCAUUGUGGUCCUGGGACUCAUGUUCUACUGCAAGAAGAGACGCAACGCCCAAAGAAUGCAGAAGGGCCAGGAUGGAGAGGAGCCCGAGAUGGAGUGCCUUAAUGGCGGAGCAGUCCAACAGAACGGCCACACCACUGCUGAGAUCCAGGAAGAGGUGGCGCUCACCAACAUGGGUACCAUCGCAACCACAGAGAAACGCCAUAGCCACGUCAACAACGAUAAGCUCCACUUUCCCCGGACAAACCUACAGACCAUCACGACUUUAGGAAAAGGGGAGUUUGGGGAGGUGCUGCUAUCCAAAGCUAAGGGAAUCGAAGAGGGCGAGGAGGAGACGGUGGUUCUUGUGAAGAGCCUGCAGACCAGAGAUGAGCAGCUCCAACUCGACUUCCGCCGGGAAGCAGAAAUGUUCGCCAAGCUAAGCCACCCCAACGUGGUCCGCCUGCUGGGCCUCUGCAGGGAGGCGGAUCCUCACUACAUGAUCCUAGAGUACUAUGACCUGGGAGAUCUAAAGCAGUUCCUGAGAAUUUCCAAAAGCAAAGAUGACAAAGUCAAGAGUCAGCCUAUCAGCACCAAGACCAAAGUUUCCAUCUGCACUCAGGUGGCUCAGGGCAUGGAGCAUCUUUCCAAUCACCGCUUCGUUCACAAAGACCUCGCCGCCCGAAACUGCCUGAUCAGCAGUCAGAGGCGUGUCAAAGUGUCGUCACUCAGCCUCAGCAAGGACGUUUACAACAGUGAGUACUACCACUACAGGCAGGCGUGGAUCCCGCUGCGCUGGCUCCCAACAGAGUCUGUGUUUGAAGAUGACUUCUCCACCAAGUCGGACGUGUGGGCCUUCGGAGUGUUGAUGUGGGAAGUAUUCAGUCAUGGGGAAAUGCCAUACACCAAACUGAGCGACGACGAAGUGUUAGAAGGUCUCCAGGCAGGAAAGCUGAAGCUACCCCUUCCGGACGGAUGCCCCUCUAAAAUCUACAAGCUGAUGGUCCGCUGCUGGGCGCUGAGCCUCAAAGAGCGCCCCUCGUUCACCGACAUCGUCCACGCCCUGGGAGAGCUGCCCUCUGACAGCAAAGUCUGAAGUGACCAAUCAUCUCACAGCAGAAAGGAACUGUUACCAACUCUGCCCCGCCCCCCUUCCCCUAAAAUACAGACAGGAAUGCUGGAUUAUUUAGUCUCACACAUUUCAGGGAAGAGAGUUGAGGGGGAAGAAAAAAGAAAAAAAAAAACUUUAAUUUUUUAUGCAUUUCAACAAUUUUUUGAGUGUAGACUUGUUUGCUAUAUGAGUGGAACUGCACUCACCUUUGUAUGAAUGGCUUCGUGCGAGCAGUGCCAGGAGUUUGCCUUCACCGCAGUAUGGACGAUCCUCCCCCACCUCCAGCCUCCGCCUGUGGUUCCACUGUGACCCCGCCCGUCUGCGGCCGUUUUCGUUUCACGGAGCCUCACGACCUCAGUGCCUCUGCCCCUUCACACACACUCACACACACUCACACACUCUAACUUUGUAGGAAUGAUGGUGCAUUCGCUGGCUCUGAUUAGUGCAAAGGAUUUGCCUGAAAUGUCACGUCACCACUUAACUCCUUGGAGUUUUCUCAUUAAUCUAAAGAGGAUAUUGAAGAGAAAGUGGGGCACAGUGGGACUGCAGUGGAGCGAUGAAGCCUCUGUAGAUAAUCAGCCACUUUACUAGUGUGUCGAGUGAGGUCGUUUAAACUGGUCUGUUCCCCUCGCAAUUACAUCGAGCUGCAUCCCGAGUCCGCCACCCUGACCCCUCAGGUGUCUGCUCUCUCUCCACCGGGUACAAUCCCCCAAAUUGUUUGCUUUUGUGUGUUUGAGUGAGUGUGUGUGUGUACAUGCACUGAACUGUUGUCCCUACAGACAGAUAAGGAAUGGGGUUUUGCAUGAAGGUUUGUGGAAAACAAGUGAUCCGUGUUACGGUAACACUUCAGGAACAACGACAACAAAGAAGCAUGUUUUAUAGCCAAGGAACAUGUUGAACGGAUGAGAUCGUGCCAGUGUGGGCUUUAUACAUUUUUAUAAGUGUGCUCUGUCUGUUAACUUUGAGGUGCUUACAGGUCACUGCUGAUGGGUAGGAGUACUCAUUUUUACCACACGAACACCAUCGUGUCCUCUCAGCUGCAGGAAUUGAACCCGCCGCCACGUUUGACCUGCUUUAUUCUCUCCAGAGGUCCAAUCACAGUUUCUCUCCUGGUCCACCUGUUUUGUGCAAUGCUGCGAAGCGGACCAUCACACCAGGCAGUGUGUACAUAAUGUUAGAAGCCUUGCACUAACUUCACUUAAAAGAUUAUCCCUUUUUUUUAUAUAUAUAUAUAUAUAAAUAUAUAUAUCAUGUUGUGUAGAAGGACAUGCAGGUGCCUGGUUAUUUAUGAUGAAGGUCCUGUCUUUUGUUUUUUUAACUGUAAUAGAAAGGUACUUCUGUGAGGUGGUUUAUGCUAUGUAUUCAUUCUCACGGUCCAUCUCGGUGUGCGUUCAGUCUGGUAACCGGCUGGGUAUGCUAACACAAAGUACAAAGGAGGUCAAAAGAGUGACUGCAGGUCACCAGUGCUCGUUUAAGUGCCUAGUAAAUGAAGGAUUAUCUUAACCGUUUCCCUUUCUGUUUGUUGUUGUUUUUACAUCAUCUAAUCAUAUGCGAUGGCCUUUGUUUAUGAACCUGUUUUUAUACGUUGUUUUUAGUGUAAUAUUUUGUUUUUAUGAAUGCUAGGCACUCACAACUAGACCUCUUUCUUUUUUUAAAAUCUGCUUCAGCACAUGUUCACAGUAAUCACAGAUGUAUACAAAAGCAUACAUGCUGCUGUCAAUAAAGGUUCACAGUGUUUU